AUGGUCUUCUUUCGGUCACUAUUCGCGCCUGCGAUUGCACUACUACACGCCAUUCCAGUUGUUCCGGCGAAAAGCUGCAACGAAAAGAUUGUCCCAGUGUCCAUCACUGCUCGCAAUGCUGUCUUUGGAAAUCAGAAACGCCUCGUAGACGACUUGGACGUCACGUACUUCAUCCAGAACGCGACGACCGUCGGGCUUAACUACACCGACCAGGUUACCACCGGGUAUACGACGAUUCAUGACACAUAUGAUAUCUCGGUGCGGUUUUGCGAACCGACAGCUGCGGUCAAGAAAUCUACUGUCCAGGUGCUCACGCACGGCAUCGGGUUUGACAAGAUAUACUGGGAUUUUCCGCUUCAUCCUGAGUUAUAUUCAUACGUGGAUGUGGCCACCGAUAUCUUUGGCUACAGCACGCUGUCCUAUGACAGAAUCUCCACGGGAAAUUCGACUCACCCGGAUCCUUACAACGUAGUUCAAAUUGGCGUCGAGCUUGAGAUCUUGAACACGCUCACCACGAUGGUCCGCGCUGGAAAACUGUUCAAUACCGGACAUAUCGCCUCAGUCGUACACAUCGGGCAUUCCUAUGGCUCUGUGUUGUCGUAUGAGCUCGCCGCCCAACACCCCAGCAACACGGACGGACUCGUUUUGACGGGUUUUAGUCAACCGCCACCGACCUUUCCCAGCAAAACGGCGCGUAGCAACCACGCCACCCUCUGGGGCAAAAACGGCCUUAACCUUGAUCCCGGUUAUCUGACAUGGAAUGAUGUUUAUGCCAACAUCAUAGACUUCUUUUACCCACCGACAAGUACGCGUGAUGUGCAGGAGUUCGCUGAAGCCAACAAACAGCCUUUCCCUGUGGGAGAACUCCUGACGAUUGUGGCGGCGCCGUUACCAGCCACUGGAUUCACAGGGCCGGCCAUGAUCGUGACUGGCAAUCAAGAUGCGAUAUUCUGCGGCGGCAACUGCGGGAAUGUCGUUGGACUAGGCAACGUCUCGAGCAUCCCAGAACUCGCCGGGCAGAACCUUCCUCAUGCGUCGGCAUUCGAGGUGCUGAUUCAACCAGACACCGGCCAUGCUUUGAACCUGCAUCAUAACGCUACCGCUGCCUAUCACGCAAUCAACGAGUUUCUUCAGAGGCACGUUUCGUAG